GACGCUUGAAGUUACACGGACAGGAGCGUUUCAUCCUUCUAAGCAGGGGUUUACUUGAUUUAACAUUGAAAUUUACAAUCAACUGGAUUAUGACGUCAUAUCAUAGUUAUUGUGUUAUCACGUGCUCUUUGGCAUUAUGACGUCAUCGUUGAUAUGCCUCACGACCAUUCUAGAUCUGUGUAGCCGUGUCUACAGGUGAAUUGUCAAGCUUAAGUUUCUACAGGACAUCAGAAAAACAAACACCGUUUUACAAGUUAAUCAGCAUGGAUCAAUUGUCGGAGAAAUGGAAAGAAACACAAGAUAUUUUGGAUAAAGCAGCAGAAUCGUUGGAAACAAUGAUGAAUGUCGCUGAAUGUCUUCAGAGAGCCGGAGAAGAGUGCGUUAGACGCAAUGAACUCAUAGCAACUGCACUGAUCGGACCAGCCUCCAGGGAAUGUCAGGAAAGGGAUAUCAAGUCUGAAAAAUGGAGAAAAUUUCUCUUCGAGAGGAAUUAUCCGGUAGAGUUUGUAACUGAGCCCCGCUGGUACCAGAUUUUAAAGAGCUAUAGGCCCAGCAGGUCCAUGUACGACGGACUGGGAAUGCACACACGUCAGAAAAUCACAAUGGUAGAUGUAGCUGUACAGACCGAUUCCACUUCUGUCAACAUGUUUUGGUGUGGGGAAGUUGGCGCCUGUCAAAAAUGAGAAAAAGUCGGCUACAAGGGCCUGGAAAAUGUGCUGCUGCGGACGGCAGUAGGAACUAUUGAUACCAUGUGUGACAUUUAUGUAUUGGUCGAUAACUAUAUACCUAAAACAUAUAUAUGGAAUACUCAAUAUGUAACUUGAGUAGAUGAUAUUUAGAUGUAAAAUUUCAUCAUAUGAAUAAAAAAAAAAACAGAAUAAUAGUUAGUAGAUAAAAUAUCAUAACAGUAAACAAAUGUAUAAACAAAUAGUAAAUAAUAAUCAAUAUUUAAUAUAGAAUAACAGUAAUAAACAAACAGGAUAACAAUGAAUAAAAUACAUAAACAAUGACUUGUACACCAGAAUGUGUAAACAACAUUUUUGUUUUGUUAACAACAUUUAUGCAUCUUGGUGGACUUUUGUGUCAGCAAGACUAGAAAUUAAAUAGGAAAUAUUGAUCGUUCAAAGAUUUUUUCUAAACUUAUAUAAACGUUUGGGGCAGAUUGUAAAAAUAGACAAACAAUGUGGUUAGUUUCAUUAUUAAUAUCAUUUAGGGUUGAAUGAAUGAAAUGUUUCAGAUUGUUUGAAUUUAUAUUAAGAAUUCCAGUCGGGAUAAUCAUAGCAAUGAGUAUUAGAUGGUAUCAGGCAGAGCUGAGACCGAGUAAGAUGCGUUACACGUAUUAAACGAGAUCAAAUUUAUUUAUUAUUUUUAUGAGAAAUUAUUUUCGGCAGGUCCAACAAAAACAUAGCACCUAUUUCAUCUUGUGCUUUUCGGCAUUAGUGAAAGUUAUGGCUGAAGUUGCGACAGAGCUCGGAGGUUGUAACUUUCGGUGGAACUGCGUCGGUUACUGGAACGGGGAGCGACAGAGCACUACCCCCGGGAAGGUAGCUGAUAGGUUUCGCCUAGGGAUAAUGAUAAACGUAUUUAGUUUUUAUUGGCUUUAGGUUGUUAAUUAAAUAUUAUGAUUAAGAACACGUCAAUUUAAUUGUCCUAGUCAUAUGUGAUAAAUUCGUGUUCGAUGUUAAAUUACCAAAAUUGAUGAAAUGAUCUCGUUCACUACUGUAGAUCUUGUUUGUAGGGAGAUAUGUUUGGCGCUCUGACUUACUGUUUAUCGUAAAUAUUUGGUUGAGAUUCAGUUAUGUGUAAAACAAUGUUUGAAAACCACAUUUGAGUCAUUUUUAUUUUCUGUUUUAUCGUUUUGAUUGAUUCCCUUUGGUUAUAAAAUAAAAUAUCUUUUUAACAUUUCGAAUUUUCUGGUUGUUCUAGCGAAUUCUGUUGUAUAAACAUUUCUUCUUAUUGCUGGUAAUAUCUGUAUACACCUACUGGUAUAUUUUUGUGACCAACUAUACACAUUUUAUUUAGAAUUUUCGAUGUCAAGUUAUAUCGUUUUGUAUCAAACAUAUUGAAUAUCAAUUAUAUUAUACUAAUGUACAUUUAUGAACUGUAUUUUGAUAUAGGUGCAUACUGAUGUUUUUAUAUUAUAUCUCGAUAUACUAGUAUCUGACUAUCCUUUGCAGUGUUCUAUUGUACAAUCUACAAUUUACAAUUAUAAUUCUUUAUUUUAAAUGCCAUAU